AUGAUCGACAGUUGUGCUGAUGAAGUGAUUGAAGAUUUAACGACGAUUGUAAUCAUAUCAUUACAAUCUUAUCUAGGUACUGUAAUUGCUAUCGAUAUUGAUCCUGAGAAAAUCCGUAUUGCUCAACAUAAUGCAGCAGUAUAUGGAGUGGCAGAUCGAAUAGAAUUUAUAGUAGGCGAUUUUCUUCUUUUAUCAGAUUCCUUGGUAGCUGAUGUAGUUUUUUUAAGUCCCCCAUGGGGAGGACCACAAUAUCUUAAGGAUGAUUAUUACGAUGUUGAAAAAAGCUUGCUGCCUGUGUCAGGAUCACGAUUAUUAGCAGUUACUAGAAAUAUUACUGAGAACAUUGCUUUAUUUUUGCCAAGAAACACUGACGCAAAUCAGUUGGUUCUUAUGGCAGGACCUGGUUCAUCUGUAGAAAUUGAACAAAAUUUUUUGGACAAGAAGUUAAUAGCUGUAACUGCGUAUUAUGGAGAAUUAGUCGCUUAUGAUUAAGAACCUACUCAGUC